AUGGACACACCGCCAUAAAACAAUUCAAAAUAUAAUGUGGAUGAUGAUUUCAGACAUGAUGUUUGCCAAAGAAUCUAUACUAAGGCAGGAAAAAUGACUCAUGGUCAAAACUAAUAGGCCAAAUCGUUUUCAGAAAAGGAUCAACUCUAAAAGAUGCAAAAAGAUUUAAGGGAUAAAUUGAAAUACAUCGAAGAAACCAAUUGGAUGUUUGAAGGGUUAAAUAAUAAUGUCAAUGAUAAUUUUUGA